AACUGUAAAUAAACUCUCCUGCAGUUUCUGUUCUCAUAUUCAGUUGAUCGUCAAACUCUUGUCAGAAUGUCUGGAAGAGGAAAAGGUGGUAAAGGACUCGGGAAAGGAGGCGCCAAGCGGCACCGCAAAGUGUUGCGUGAUAACAUCCAGGGAAUCACCAAACCCGCAAUCCGGCGUCUCGCUCGCCGUGGCGGUGUCAAGCGUAUCUCCGGUCUGAUCUAUGAGGAGACUCGCGGUGUGUUGAAGGUGUUUCUGGAGAACGUUAUCCGUGAUGCCGUCACCUACACUGAACACGCCAAGAGAAAGACCGUCACUGCCAUGGACGUCGUGUACGCGCUGAAACGACAGGGACGAACUCUGUACGGCUUCGGAGGAUAAACGACUUUAUUCUCAUCAGACAAACCCAACGGCUCUUUUAAGAGCCACCCAUCUUCUCACUCAAAGAGUCAAUGUUUUAAAGUUAGUCAUGUUUUAUAUUUUCCAUAAAAAUCAAUUUUAAUAUUAUAUAUAUAUUUUUUUUUAGCAGCACAAACUUUGGGCGUCAAGGGAAGGAAGGAGAAAA